AGUCCUCAUCCCAUCGGCAGUGAUCCGCAUUGGCAAAGCUUGACUGCCUGACUGCCUGCUUGGCCAUUCAAUACCUCGACACUCUUUCAUCAUGGUUCAGAAGACCUCUGGAGGCAACAAUGCCUUCCACAACUUCCACAACGACUUUGCCCACAUCGAAGAUCCUAACGAGCGGCGUCGUCUUGCUCUCGCAGAGAUUGAUAAGGCUCCAUUCGGUUGGUAUCAUGUCCGCGCUUGUCUGGUCGCUGGAACCGGUUUCUUUACCGACUCCUACGACAUCUUCUGCGUUUCUUUGUUGACAAUCAUGUUGGGAAUUGUUUACAAGCACGACAAUAAGGGAACCCUUACCACUCCUCAAGACACUGCCAUCAAGGUCGCAACCUCGGCUGGAACAGUCAUCGGACAAGUUGGUUUCGGUGCUCUUGCCGAUAUCGUCGGUAGGAAGAAGAUGUACGGCCUUGAGCUCAUCUUGAUUAUCGUGGCCACCCUUGCCCAGUCUUUGACUGGACCUGGCCCCGGCACUUCCAUUGUCGGCCUCAUCAUCUUCUGGCGUGUCCUCAUGGGCAUUGGUAUCGGUGGUGAUUACCCGCUAUCUUCCAUCAUCACUUCGGAGUUUGCAACCACCAAGUGGCGUGGUGCUAUGAUGGGUGCCGUUUUCGCCAUGCAGGGUUUCGGCCAGCUUGGUGGUGCCCUCGUUAUGCUUAUCCUCACUUCCGGCUUCAAGGGAUCGUUGGUCCAGGCAAAGGACUACGCUUCCUGCACUGGGAACUGCCAGCUUGCGGUUGACAAGAUGUGGCGUGCUUUGAUUGGAUUGGGUAUCGUCCCAGCUGCUAUCGCUCUUUACUACCGCUUGACCAUCCCAGAGACACCGCGUUACACUUUCGAUGUGGCGCGUGAUGUUGAGCAAGCCAACGCUGAUGUGAACACCUACAUCUCUGGCAAGAAGGGAGAGGGUCAUCCCGACGAGAUUACCCAAGUUGCUGCUAGACAACAGGGAGCUGCUGCGCUUGAGGUCCCUAAGGCAUCGUGGACUGACUUUUUCCGUUUCUACGGAAAGUGGCGCAACGGCAAGAUCCUUUUCGGCACUGCCAUGUCCUGGUUAUUGCUCGAUGUUGCCUUCUAUGGUCUUGGUUUGAACACCUCUACCGUCUUGACUGCUAUUGGUUAUGGAAAGGGAAAGAAUGUUUACCACCAACUCUUCAACUUGGCCGCUGGUAACUGCAUCCUCACCUGCGCUGGUGCCAUUCCCGGCUACUGGCUCGCCGUCGCUACCAUCGACACCGUCGGUCGCAAGACCCUCCAAUUCGUUGGAUUCUGCCUCCUUACUAUCCUCUUCAUCGUCUGGGGUUUCGCCUACAAACACAUCGGCCACGGCGGUAUGCUUGCCAUCUACAUCCUUAUCCAGCUCUUCUUCAACUGGGGUCCCAACUCCACCACCUUCAUCGUCCCCGGUGAAUGCUUCCCCACCCGCUAUCGUUCCACCUCCCACGGCAUCUCCGCCGGCUCCGGCAAGAUCGGUUCCAUCAUUGCCCAGGCUGCCAUCGCUCCCCUCCGCACUCGCGGUGCCAAAAAGCCCGGCGACUCCCCCUGGCUCAACCACGUCAUGCAGAUCUUUGCCGCCUUCAUGUUCUGCGGUAUCUUCACUACCCUCCUCAUCCCUGAGACCAAGCGCAGGACCCUCGAGGAUCUCGCCCAGGACUGGGAUAUGGGUAACGAGAGCAUCACUGGCGCUGAGUUCGCUGCGAAGAGGGCCGAGCGCGGAAGCGAUGAUGGCGCGGUUGCUGAGGUCCAGCAGGAGCAGCAGCAGAAGCAGCAGUAGACACCACACUACACUUUCGAAAAAGUCCUCGACAUCAUCUUUUCUUUCAUUGUAAUAUAGUUUAACAUACCCAAUUUGAC